AUUUUUGAAUGGCAUAGUUUUGUGACGGAUUGGGCGAGGCUUUCUUUCGUUGAAUUUGUUUGUGAUGAAGUUAUUUUCAAAUUAAAAACAAUUAAUGUUCGCUAUAUUAAAAAAAUGAAAUACUACUUGUUACUCCUGGCGGUAACGAGUUUCGCAGAGACUCAGGAUCAGAACCAAUUCAACCCCAACUAUCCGCAGCCACAAUACCCACCUGACGGCAGCCAGAAUGGGUCGCAGUACCGGCCCAACCCACAAAUUCCUUACGGCGCCUUCGCUGUCAACGGAAAUGAUUACAGCCAGGGACAAAGCUCGUUUUACCAAUCGGCAGACGGUUACGGCUCUGACAAUUUCAACUACGAGAAUGAAGUAGACUCGCCAAACAGUGACGGAUACGGUGGGUACGAUUAUGAGGAGCGAUUCAGGUGUCCUCCCAAUUGGAUACGCUACAGAGAAUCUUGUUACCGUUUUACGAAGUCUCCGAACCGUCCACGAAAUGAGGCUCGUAAGAUAUGUCAAGCAUAUGAAGCAGAUUUAGCAGCAAUCAGUAGCCCGGAAGAACAUGGGUUUAUCAUAACUAGUUUAAUGAGGUUGGAUCCCCAAAAAGGCUCAUGGUAUGUAGCAGGUCAUCAGCAGUCUCCUGGAUAUUGGACUAAUGAUGUAGAUGGUUCACAACUCACGGGACUAGAUAAUGCUUUCUUUGAUGAUAAGCGCCAGUUGAUACAAACCAGUUACAAUAUAUUGCCAAGGGAUUAUUUAAUAUACAGAUUUUCUCAUGAGGAAGGACGAUGGGGCCUGUCUGCUGUAGAAGGUACGCAAUAUACUCAUUUUAUUUGUGAAGGUCAAAUACAAAGGCUUCAAUAUCUUAGAGAAGAAGAAAGGUCCUUUACUUAUGGGUUGGAUACAUAUGACCCUGAAAAAAUUCCACGUGGUCCCUUCUUCAUCAAAGAACCAGUAGAUAUUAUCUAUGAUCCGUUAAGAAAUCAUUAUGUUCAGUUGACCUGCAUAGCUGGUGGCUACCCAUCCCCAGUUUACAAGUGGUACAGAGAAGACUAUCAGGUGGAUAACCCAGUUUAUAUUGAAAUAAACCCGCUGAAUGACACAAGGUUCAUUUUGAGUGGUGGCACAUUAAUGAUAUACAAUCCCGAUGCAGAUAAGGAUAAUGCUAAAUAUCAUUGUACAGCUGCAAAUAAAUUUGGCUUGAUCAGGUCAGAAUCUGUUAGAUUAUCAUUUGGUUUCAUAAGAGAAUUCAAUCAAAAAAGACCUGUUGAAACUGGAAAUCAAUAUUGGGGCAAAGUGAUGUAUUGCGAUCCACCAUCCUACUACCCUGCUGUCAAUUUCUUAUGGGCUCGUAAUUAUUUCCCCAAUCUUGUUGAAGAGGACAAGCGAGUGUUUGUGUCUUAUGAUGGUGGCCUUUAUUUCUCAGCAUUAGAAACAAUUGAUAGAGGAAACUACAGUUGCAAUGUUAUGAGUAGGGUUUCAGAUGCUGGACGUAAUGGACCUUUUUUCUCACUAUCUGUCUAUCCCCAUUCUGAUUAUCAGCAACUCAAAUUUCCCAAUAAUUUCCCUAAAGUUUUUCCUGAAGCUCCUAUUGUUGGUCAAGAAGUUAGAUUAGAGUGUGUCUCCUUUGGUUACCCAGUUCCAUCUUACAACUGGACCAGGAAAAAUGCAAACAUUCCUAGGAAAGCAUUUCUGAGCAAUUUUGACCGUGUUCUCACAAUUCCUAAUGUCGGAGUAGAAGAUGAAGGAGAAUAUAUUUGUGAUGUCAAAAACGACCGAGCACGCAUAUCAAAUAAGGUUUAUUUAAAAGUUCAAGCAGAACCAAACUUCACUAUACCAUUAUCAGACAAACAUGUUGAUAAUAGAGGAGAAUUGCAUUGGAACUGUGAAGCAUAUGGUAUCCCUGAUGUAAAUUACACUUGGUGGAAAAAUGGCCAGAAGCUAUCAAUGAAUACCUUGGAAAAUGAGGAUAGAGAUAGAUACAUUAUUCAAGAUAAUGUUUUAAAAAUUAAACAAUUGGAUCCCCAAAGAGAUCCAGGCAUGUACCAAUGUGAGGCAAAAAAUCAACUGAAAGCUAGAUAUUCUACUGGCCAGUUACGUGUUUUGUCUUUGAAGCCAUCCUUCAAAAAACGUCCUCUCGAAUCUGAAACUUAUGGGUCUGAAGGUGGAAAUGUGACACUUAAAUGUAACCCUGAAGCUGCUCCAAAGCCUACUUUCACUUGGAAGAAAGACAAUAUCAUCAUUGGUGCAGGUGGAAAAAGGUUUAUCUCAGAAACUGGGAAUCUCAUAAUUCGGCAGCUCUCUAGAGAUGAUGAGGGAGUUUACACUUGUGUAGCUAAGAAUCAGUAUGGAUCAGAUGAAAGUCGCGGUCGUCUCAUAGUGUUACGGACUCCGCGGUUCCUAGAACGACUACCGCCGCGAAUAACUACCCAAGUCAAUGACGUAAUCUUUUUACAUUGUAAUGCUGAAAUUGAUCCUAUCCUAGAUACCGCAUACUUUUGGAAUCACAAUGGCAUACGCAUAAAAGAUGCUUCUGAUUAUUAUGCAGACAAAAGGAUUAAGAUGGAUGGCGGUGAACUUACUAUCUACAAUGUGAGCCUUUCGGACGUAGGUGAUUAUGAAUGUGUGGUUAAAUCAGCUAUUGGCCGCAUCUCAUCGCACACCCAGUUGCGUAUUGAAGGCCCACCUGGUCCUCCGGGCGGCUUACAAGUCCUCAAUAUUCAGCGAUCAGCCGUCACUCUCGAAUGGACAGAUAGCAAUUCCAAUGGGCGUCCUAUCACUGGAUACAUAAUCACAGGUCGUACAAAUUGGAAUUCAACAUGGAUUGUAAUAAGCGACAAUGUACCCAACGUUAUAGAAGUCGAUCGGUACAACGGACGCAAACGCGCUACCGUUACGGCCAACCUUUUGCCGUGGUCCGUGUACGAGUUUAGGGUCCAAGCAGUGAACUACUUGGGCGAAGGAAAACCUUCUGCGCCUAGUCCGCAAUUUUCUACGUUGCCUGAUAAACCGCACCGAGCUCCCGCAAACGUGGGCGGCGGUGGAGGAAAAAUUGGGGACCUUACUAUCACUUGGAAUCCUUUGCCUCCAUCUCUCCAAAACGGACCUGGAGUUCACUAUAAAAUAUUUUGGCGUCGCAACGGAACCGAGGUCGAAUAUCAGUCGCUACUCCUCAAGGAGUACGGGAACGUGGGCAUGCACGUUGUACACGUAUCGUUGACGUAUUUCUUUACGCCCUACGAUGUUAAGGUCCAAGCUUUCAACGAUUUAGGUGCAGGACCGGAGAGUGAUGUCGUGAGCAUCUACUCGGCCGAAGACAUGCCGCAGGUGGCGCCUCAGCAGGUGUCCGCUCGCUCUUUCAACUCCACUUCUCUGAACGUGACGUGGAACCCGAUAGACCAGUCGCGCGACAGACUCCGCGGCAAGCUGAUCGGUCACAGGCUCAAAUAUUGGAAACAGGCGAACAAAGAAGAAGAAUGCAUCUACUACCUGUCGAGGACGACUAGGAACUGGGCGCUUAUUGUGGGAUUGCAGCCUGAUACCUACUAUUUUGUGAAGGUAAUGGCGUUCAACUCAGCCGGUGAAGGUCCUGAGAGCGAGCGCUUCUUAGAGCGAACGUUCCGCAAGGCGCCGCAGAAACCGCCGGCCUCCGUAAACGUGUGGGCCGUCAACCCGAGUACUGUACGCGUGGUGUGGCGCUACGUGCAGCCCACUGAUGAGGAGGAGCCGCUCAUUGGUUACAAGGUGAGAGUAUGGGAAAUAGAUCAAGACAUGAGCACAGCAAACGACACGAUAGUGCCAGUGGAACACAAUCUAGAAGCGUACGUGACUGCCCUCACUCCCGGCAAGACCUACAACCUUCGAGUCCUGGCGUACUCCAACGGAGGCGAUGGCCGCAUGUCCUCGCCCGCCAUCACCUUCCAAAUGGGAGACUACCACAGCGACUCCUAUGGAUAUUACGUAAGAGGUUCGGCAAGCACAAAUCGACUAGCCCUAGGAAUUUUAAUAUUAAUGGCAGCAUCUCUAUAUUUGCAGAUUUCGUGAUAUCUGUAACAUCUUAUGACAACAUAUCUAUGUAUUAUAUUUAUUAAAGACAAAUUAUAUUUUUACAAUUAUUUCGCGUUCGCUUUUUAUACAAUUGUUUCUGUAUAUUUUUGUACUAUCGCAUAGUUCGGUUGUGACGUUUUCCGGCCAUUUAUUUUCUUGCAUUUUUUAUUUAUAAACCUAAGUACUGGAAGUUUUAGAAAUGCUUUUUUAUGUUAGAUUAAGCUUAAGUUUAGCUGUUAAUACAUAGCUUUAUCGAUUUUCUACUUAUAGAUUUAUUGAUCUUCUAAUUAUAGAUUUAUGAUCUAUUUUUAUAUUAUAUUAAUAUAGUAUGUACCGAAUGUCAAAUUUUGUUGACAAUAAUUAAUUAAGUAUGUUGUGAUUUCACAAUUUACAUUAUAUUUUACGAAAUUAUUUCUUCACGUCCACUCCUCAGAAUCUCGUAGUUUUAAGAAUCUCUUCUCUGCUUAUUUGUAUAUUUGGGAUAUACACCACCAAUCCGAGCCAUUUUCAUGAUGUAGUUUAGUAUAAGAUGACAUUUUACAUUUAAGUGGGCAUAUUUUUGAUGUACAAUGCAGAAAUGCUAUUUUCACGUAUUGAACUAUUUACCCUUACAUCUACUGUGAUUUGGGGCUGGUAGAGGUUCCAGGUUAACUCUUAUAAAUGUAUUUCUUCUUAACUCCCUAUUCGCCUUAUUUCGAUCGCUAGAAUUACGAAUGGUUCAGAAGCCGACUGGACCACAGUAUGUGUAGACAUUAAUUUGCCAUCAUGCAUACGUUUUUUUUUAAUUUGAUACUUGGCCUAGACCGAAAGACCGACUAGAAAUAUGCGUACAAACAAGUAAUGUGAAUUUAUUUUAUAAGCAAGUACCUACAUUUAAUUUUUAUAUUCAGUGUCAUUAGCACAUACGGCGGUCGACUUCCGAACGAUAUCUUUGUUGGGAUACAAUUAUAUGGGCGACAAUAUGUAUAUUAAUAUGGAAAAUUGCCUUAUAAAUGUUAUAAAUCUUUGUACGUAACAUAGUAAUGUUAUCAAUAAAAUGACCCACAAACUAAA